CUCCAAGUGAUAAACAAAAUUAAUUCAGUCAUUAAAUUCGCUUGAGAAACUGAACAUGAGAUAUCUAGUGUUAUUGACAUAUUUGUGUGUUCUACUGGUAUUUAUUAGAGCUUCUCCCCUGCCUGAUGGUGGAGGAGGAGGUGGUGGAGGCGGCGGCGGUACUGGUCGCGGUUGUAAUUGUGAGUCUGGUGGUGGUGGAGGAGGUGUCGGAGGCGGUGGAAAUGGAAAUGGACCGGGUGGAUCCGGUGGUGCUGCAGGACCUGAUUGUAUAAGGCCUUCUUGGUUGCCUCCCUGUCCCUAAUAGGCAUAAUAUAAUUAAGUUUUCAUUAUUGUUUUAAAAUUUAGAAAAAAAUUAAAUAAUAUAUUAUUUUACAAAAAAGAACCAUUUGGAGAAAGAAAAAGUACUAAAAAGUUGCUUUUCAUAGAUUCUCAUUCAUUCAGGACCGUGAAUGUUUAAUUUCUUGUGAAUAGAUUCCAUAUUAUAGAAUUUUCUAAAUGUACCAUUUGAAGAACUAAAAAGUCAAAAAAAUCACUUUCAUAAAAUCGCA